UUUGUUUUCUUUCGAUCUAAUUUUUCUGUGCUCAUAAAAGUAGAUAUGGUGAAUAUGGACACAUCGACGGAAAAUUGGGAUCCAGCUCUCACUCGGUUACUAGCUUCUUUGAAAGAAGUGCAGCCUAGUGGCGAAGAUGUGGCAUUCCUGAGUGAACUCUUGCAGUCUAAACAACUUCACGCUCUUGUGCAAGUUCACAACAAAAUCGUAGCUAAAGGAAAAGACGACAAAUUCUAUCCAUUGCUGUCAAAUGCGAUGCAAGUGACCCUCGAGGUUUUAGAACUACUUGCAGACGUAGCUUCUGUAUCUAAAGAGUACGAGGAACUGCUAAAGUUGCUGCAGAAACCACAUUUCCAAGCUAUUCUCUGUACACAUGACGCAGUUGCUCAAAAAGACUACUACCCGCAUCUUCCCGAUGUUCCAUCUGAAGCAGAUAAUGAAGAGGAGACAGUCAAAAUUGUUCAACUAGUUAAAAGUGAUGAACCUCUGGGAGGAGCACAGAGUGCAGAACCAAUAGUGGGUGCAACAAUAAAAACAGAUGAGGAUACUGGAAAGAUAGUUAUAGCCCGUGUGAUGCACGGUGGCGCGGCAGACCGGUCAGGCCUAAUCCAUGCUGGCGAUGAGGUGAUCGAGGUGAACGGCAUCAGCGUCGAAAAUAAAACUCCAGCGGACGUUCUUACUAUAUUGCAAAAUUCGGAAGGCACCAUUACUUUUAAAUUGGUGCCGUCGUACUGCAAGGGAGGCUCGAGGGAAAGCAAAGUCAGAGUUCGAGCCCUAUUUGACUAUGAUUCUUCUGAAGACCCAUAUAUACCUUGCAAAGAAGCAGGAUUAAACUUUAAGAAGGGUGAUGUGUUGCACAUCGUCUCACAGGAUGAUGCUUAUUGGUGGCAAGCUCGGAGGGAAGGUGAUAGAGUUAUGAGAGCUGGGUUAAUACCUUCGCGGGCAUUGCAAGAAGGUCGCAUAAUACACGAGAGGCAGACUGAUCCGCAGACUAUGGACGGGAAGCCGGCGCUUUGCAGCCCCUCAGCAGCCAACUCCGAUUGUGCUCCGAAAACGCCUUGCUCACCAGCACCUACGGCCACUGCGCUCCUUCCUUGCAAGUCCACACCUAAAGUGAAGAAAGUCAUAUACGACAUUACGGAGAACGAUGAUUUUGACCGUGAAAUGAUUCCGACGUAUGAAGAGGUCGCCCGUUUGUAUCCCCGGCCGGGCCUGGUGAGACCCAUAGUGCUUGUGGGCGCCCCUGGCGUGGGCAGAAACGAAUUGCGACGCAGGCUCAUUGCCACGGACCCUGAGAAAUAUGUUACGCCAGUACCAUUCACGUCUCGACCACAAAAACCAAGCGAACAAAACGGCAGAGAUUAUGUAUUUGUCACUCGAGAGAAGAUGGAACAGGACAUAGCAGAUGGGAAAUUCAUAGAGCACGGCGAAUAUAAGGGCAAUUUGUACGGAACUUCGGCGGACAGCGUCGAGGCUAUAAUUAACGCAGGUGGAGUGUGUGUGCUAAGCCCGCACUGGCAGGCGCUGAAGAUGGUGCGUACGGCCCGUAUGAGGCCAUACAUAGUGUUCAUUCGUCCGCCACCGCUCGACAGGCUUAUCGAAACCCGGGUCGCGGCCAACGCGCGGUCCACCUUCGACAAAGAGUGCUCCAGAGCUUUCACGGAAGAAGAGUUUAACGAUAUAAUUCGGUCGUCGAACCGUAUAAACUUUCUGUACGGCUACAUGUUCGACGAGGAGAUCGUCAACGAGGAGUUGGCAUCCGCACUCACGCAGCUGCUCAAGGCGGCGUGGCGGGUCCAAUCAGAGCCCCUCUGGGUACCCGCCUCCUGGGUGCAGUAGCCACGUUCCCUCACUUUAUUUACCUAUCUAGUCAUAAAAUUGUCUUAUUGAUCUCGCGUUACUAGUUAAUGUACAGGGUGGCCAACUUUGAGAUACACGCACUAUUGUUUAUUAUUAUUAUGUAAAUAGUAUUAUUAAGUAAUCAUCCGUGAACUGGAAAUUCCGGACGAUGGCUGAGGCUUGCGGAUACGUAUUCCGAUAGUAGACGAAGGACGGAUUAGGCCCAACAACGCCCAUCGACGGGGCGGCUCGGCAGAGGAUUUUUAGGGUGCCUAGAUAUCUGGCGCCGCAAAUGCACCUGCUUGCCUACGUGCAUUAAGUAGUGCGAUCUGUUCGCGUGCUGGUCGCGCGCCACAUAUACUAACAUGUAUUUAACUGCACACAUGCAGCGCGUUCGCGGCGCAGUGAUAAUAGUCGUAGCUACAAAAACUAAACUGCGGCAGCCUUGGGGUUGCUUCUGCAGGCUUCGGGAUGCCAAGUCUAACCAUACGGGUAUACGGGGCGAGGGGAGGCAGAGAUCUGAAGAGAGGCCAGGUGCGAGCACGAUUUUGCGACGGAUUGCCAGCUGAAGGAUUCUUCGGCAUGCUUAACGACACCGCGACAUAAUUGCCGUCAGCGCGCUAGCAUGCAGCGAUGCCGAAGAAUCCCCUAUCUAGCAGUCCGGUUGUGGGUGCCGAACCUUAGAUUCGCCAUGGGCGUAUUCGGAUUGUUUUAGUUAAGUUGUUCAAAUCGGGCACUUUAGAGAAACGUAUACUUACUCAUUGCUGUGGGACCUGGAAUCAGGAGAAUGAGAAAAUAAUGAAAAACAAGUUCCAAAUUGUGCGAAUAUGUUGUAUAGCGAGGAUGGACAAUUCGCAGAUUCGUUAUUCUCCAAAGCAAAACACAAGUACUGCUGAAAGGAUUGUUUUUUUUUAAUGUAAAAUAGCACAGGCUUGGUCAAAAUUCCACGAAAUGUACGUUGUCUAAACAUACCCAUUCACUUAGGCUUGAAUAGCGCCAAUUUGUUGUUACAUUUUUUUACGUUUGAUUUAAAGUAAAUAAAAUUUUUGCUUGUGUCGUUAUUUGGCCAUUCUGUAUAUUAUGUACAUGUAUUUUACACCGGCCUUGCCACGUUGAGGGCGUCAACACAUUUUUACACGCCACUUCAUCCCGAGGUAAUGUGACGCGUAAGUGAAUUUUUUCUAAAUUCAAAUGAAAUACGAAUUUUUAGAGCGCCUUGUAGAAGCGCUGCAGUGGCGCUGCAAAUGUGCUUCUAAAUAUUGUAUGAAAUUAAGUAGUGACGUGACGGCAGCGUCUCUAUAAAUAAGCGUCUUAAUUAGAAGGCAAC